AAAAGCUUCUAUGCAAAUUAGUCAAAACCCUGACGUCGUCAAUGGCCCUCAUUAACUAAUCGACUAUAGCUUAAGUGAGGGGGCUAGAGACAUGACACGAGAUGCGUGGUAGCGACCGAUCGGCCAGGAGAAGGCGACGAAGUGAGGCGGAAGCUGACGUGGCCAGCCGCUGACACCUCUACCCCGCUUUGGGUGAUGAAGCAUCAGGACAGAUGAUCUUCUCUGAUAUAUCGCUGUGUUUUUCACGAUUGACCAACCGACGUUAAGCAUAUAUCGACCGAGAAUGGCUGCUGAUUUUGAAUCUCUAAGAUUGCUGUUGUCACGUAUUCGCAAAUAUGGAGCAUACUCAGAUCUUACAGUCCUCUGCGAAUCUUUUACUUUCAGAGUGCAUCGCUGUAUUGUCUGCCCCCAGUCGAGGUUCUUUGAUAAGGCCAUAAGUGGUCAGUUCCAGGAAGCCAGUACCGGACAUGUCACGCUCGAAGAUGACCCACGUAUCGUUGCAAAGAUGAUCGACUAUCUUUACUGCGCCGAUUAUGAAGACUCGUAUGAAUAUCCUAUUGAGGAACUAGUUCAAGGCACCCUUGAGCCACCCAAGUCAGAAGAACAACAAAACGAGAUAUCAACUAUCGACGAGAUUGCCGAAAGUGCUGAAAGUGCCGAAAGUGCUGAAAAUAAUAUCGCUGCAGCCGCUAGCGUUCUUGUCAAACAAAGAAGGGCACUUAUCAAUGCAGAAAUAUAUGUCAUUGCUGAUAAAUAUCAGAUUGAGGGAUUGAAAACAUUGGCUAAGCAGAAAAUGGAGUCUUGCCUUCAGUUAAAUUGGACAGAUACGGAUUUCAUCAAUACAACUCAGUAUGUCUACGGGCCGAACAUUCCUUCCCACUCGGAAAUACGAGAUAUCUUAUCAAGAUAUUCUAUACAACACCUAUCAACUCUUGAACACCAGCAGCGUUUUCACGACAUCUUGAAGUCAUUAGCUCCGUUUUCAUACGAUUUCUCCUUCUUAAUGAUAAAAAAGGUGCUUCAGCUGGAACAGGAAUUGUGGUAGGCCUAUGCCUCCCUGCCUCGAUUAGUCGCGAAAUCUGAAUAACCAUAUCUGUCAGCAAUAAAAGAAUUUCCCGAGCAAUUCUAUGGCAGCCAAGAGUCAAACUACAUAUCCAAGAGCGAAGUCGGUUAGACUAUAACGUCUAUUGCAGUAUCUGUAAAAGAUCUUUCAUGGAUAGGAGGGCUCUUC